UCCGGGUCGUGACCCUGCCGAGGUUCCGGUUUUGCCCUCUAGGGCUUGAGCGCAGCCUCCGCCUCCCACCGCCGCGUUUCCAUGGCAGCGGGCGGCCGGGAGCUAGAAGGGUCGGUGUCCGGUUGCCGGGCAGGGAGCGCGCCGGGACCAGGCCAGCGGGACCACAGAAUGGGCUGAGGCGUCGACCCCUGGGCGAGGGAUCCUGAGACGUCCGGUUUGAGGAGAGGGCGGGACCGUGGCUUUCCCGGGAGAGCCUGAUAAGUGGGCUACUGCAGUAGUGCUGGGACCUCUUAUUUGACCGGAGCACCACAGGAUGUGUGAGGACCCCUCGCCUAAUGGAUGGUGACAUGUAGCGAGGGAAUCUCAGUAUUAAUGGGAAGGACCGAGGCGGCAGGAAUACCCCUAAGUUCUCUUAGGGGUUGGAAGCCUCACAAGGACACCUUCCUGCCAAGUUGCCGCCGUCGACAAAGAGAAGGCUCUGUGGGAAAAAUCCCGUUUUUUCUAUUUCUCUAUAUUUGAAAGUACAGGUUUGUUAUGCAUUAUGCAGCUUGAAUUAAUGAAAGUAUAAGUGUUUAACAGUUUUCAUUUUCUUUAUUUCUAUGAAGGGGCGAAAAUCCAGCUUGAAAAUGGAGAUGUACGAAACCCUUGGAAAAGUGGGAGAGGGAAGUUACGGAACAGUCAUGAAAUGUAAACACAAGGAAACGGGACAGAUAGUGGCCAUUAAGAUAUUUUAUGAGAAACCAGAAAAGUCUGUCAACAAAAUUGCAACAAGGGAAAUAAAGUUUCUAAAGCAAUUUCGUCAUGAAAACCUGGUCAAUCUGAUUGAAGUUUUUAGACAGAAGAAGAAAAUUCAUUUAGUAUUUGAAUUUAUCGACCACACAGUAUUAGAUGAGUUACAGCAUUAUUGUCAUGGACUAGAGAGUAAACGACUUAGAAAAUAUCUCUUCCAGAUCCUUCGAGGAAUUGAAUAUCUUCACAAUAAUAAUAUUAUUCAUCGAGAUAUAAAACCUGAGAAUAUUUUAGUAUCCCAGUCAGGAAUUACAAAGCUCUGUGAUUUUGGUUUUGCACGAACACUAGCAGCUCCAGGGGACAUUUAUACGGACUAUGUGGCCACACGCUGGUAUAGAGCUCCAGAAUUAGUAUUAAAAGAUACUUCUUAUGGAAAACCUGUGGAUAUUUGGGCUUUGGGCUGUAUGAUCAUCGAGAUGGCCACAGGAAAUCCCUAUCUUCCUAGCAGCUCUGAUUUGGAUUUACUCCAUAAAAUUGUUUUAAAAGUAGGCAAUUUGACACCUCACUUGCAGAAUAUCUUUUCUACAAGUCCCAUUUUUGCUGGGGUGGUCCUUCCUCAAGUUCAACACCUCAAAAAUGCAAGAAAAAAAUACCCAAAGCUUAAUGGAUUGUUGGCAGAUAUAGUUCAUGCUUGUUUACAAAUUGAUCCUGCUGAGAGGAUAUCAUCUACUGAUCUUUUGCAUCAUGAGUAUUUUACCAGGGAUGGAUUUAUUGAAAAAUUCAUACCAGAACUAAGAGCUAAAUUACUACAGGAAGCAAAAGUCAAUUCAUUCAUCAAGCCAAAAGAAAAUUCUAAAGAAAAUGAAUUUAUGAGAGAAGAAAGAAAAACAAUGUACACCAAUACACUGCUAAGUAGCUCAGUAGGGGGAAAGGAAACAGAAAAAGAGAAAAGGUCCAAGGAUAUCAAAGUCAGAGUUACUAAAGUUAAAGGAGGAAAAGGAGAUAUCUCAGAACCAAAAAAGACUGAGUAUGAAAAUGGAUAUUGUCAACAGGAUGCAAUUGAAAAUGCUCAUGCUGUAUCUGAAGAUAUAAAAUCUGUAUUAAUUGAACCACCAAACCCUGUUAAUCCUAGCACUAAUUCUAAUGACAUGAAAGAAGAUCUACAUUCUGGAGGUUGUAUGACAAUGCCACCCAUCAAUCUAACUAGUGGUAAUUUGAUGGCUGCAAAUCUCAAUUCAAAUCUCUCUCACUCUAAUGCAAGGUUAACUGAAAGAGCAAAAAAGAGACGUACUUCUUCACAAUCUAUUGGACAAGUUAUAUAUAAUGGCAGGCAAGAGGAUGCAGGUCCCAUGCAAAGCCAAAUGGAAAAGGGUAUAUUUAAUGAGCGAACAGGUCAAAGUGACCAAAUGGCAAAUGGGAACAAAAGGAAGCUGAAUUUUUCCAGAUCUGACAGGAAAGAAUUCCAUUUUCCAGAAUUGCCUUUUACAAUACAGUCGAAGGAUAUUAAAGGAAUGGAAGCUAAACAGACAAAAGUGUUGAAAAGGGAUUCAAAGAAAACAGAUUCAUCUAAAAUACCAACUUUACUUAAUAUGGAUCAAAAUCAAGAAAAACAGGAGAAUACAGGAAAUGCACAAACUGAAAGGAAGAAGAACCUGCCCGAUGUAGAGUAGAAAAUGCA